AUGGGGGAUGGUGGGUGGUCGCUGAGUGGCCGCUUGCCCGCGCCACAGCUGCAUGACAUCGAGCGCCAGCUCUCCUGUGGUCGGGCCGUGCAGGCGUACGCCAACGCCAAGGUUGGGCAGUGGCUGAUCCGCAUUGGAGAUGGGAUCGUGACCCGCAAUCAUGUUCACAACAACGCAGCAGGUCGACCGACGGAUAUCAUUGGACAAGUCGUGCGCAUCUUCACCAUCGCUGGCUCGUCCGUCCCUUUUGUCACCUACAUUCGCCUCGUUCGGCCCAGUGAAGCCAAGAUCCGCUCCACCGACUACGCUGAGGAUGAGCUGCUGUUUCCCGGUCGCGUCGGCUACUCUGCCUCGCGCCUGGACGAAAUCAAGGCCCGCUGCGCCCUCACAACAGCCACGGACUACCAGCAGUACCAAGCACAUCGCGCCUGGGCAGCCCGGCUCACGCAUUCCCCACUGCCUCCUCCAAGCAUGGCCACGUUCUUCGUGCGGUAUGUUGAUGAGUCGCCAGGAGACAUUCCUGUAGGUGCAGGGCGCCGUCUUGUCUGGCAAGGCCACGCCCCGAAGGAUAAGUACCUCGAUCUCUCAUCCCCGAUACACAUGAUGGCUUUUGAAGGUGACGUGGCGGGCCUGAACCGCCUCUUGCGAAAGGGGGUGUCCCCGCUCGCUCGUGACUGCAACAACCACACUGUUCUCCACUACGCCUGCUGGACAGGCCAUCUCCGCACCAUCACCGCGCUCCUCGGGCGGCUGGGCCAGGGCGUUGCCGCACGAACGGAGACGGUAGCUGUGGUGAAGGAGUGCGAGGCGCUGUGCCAGUCGCUGGGGUUUGUCACGGCGCACCGUGUCAUCUCGCGGUUUCGCGCCCGUCUGGUGGCGGCGGCGUCGACAAAGAGAGCCACCCGUAUCCGCGUGGACGUGUCGGAGCAUGACCUCCUGCGCUUUGCAUCGCUCUCUGAACUCUCCCACACGCACGCGGGCGCAGUGGGCGAGCGCGCGGCAAAGCUGGCACACGGCAGCGGCAACAGCAAUGACAACAGCAGCAAUGGCGCAACAUGUGCCGCCGACGAUGAGGACUCCGCGUUUUCGACUUUUAUCAACAAGCGGUCAAACAAACCUGCAGAGCUGAUUGCUGGCUAUCUUGACUCGUUCCUGCGCAAGGGCCUCAAGGGCAAGCGGGAGGACGAAGUCGAACGCACGUUCCAGCGCGUGCUUGAUCUCUUCCGGUUUGUGCAAGGCAAGGACAUGUUUGAGGCGUUUUACCAGGACAGCCUGAGCCGGCGCCUGCUGCACCAGAAGACGGCAUCCACGGAAUACGAGAAGCUCCUCGUCUCCAAGCUCAAGCUCGAAUGUGGAGCCAACUUCACAUCGCACUUGGAGGGAAUGCUGAAGGACAUUGACAUCUCAGCUCAACUCAACGCAGACUUCAAGACUCAUCUGGAAGUGACUCGACAGCAGCCCAGCAUGGAGCUGUAUGUGAACGUUCUCACGACAUCCAACUGGCCAACAUACCCCAAAGUCAACGUCACCCUUCCGCCGGAUGUUGUGCGCAUGCAAGAGCUGUUCAGCCAGUUUUACUGCAACAAACACAAGAACCGCAAGCUGCAGUGGCAGCCGUCACAGGGGCAGUGCAUCCUUGGCGCCUCCUUCCAACGCGGAAACAAAGAGUUGAUUGUGUCCCUCUUCCAGGCCAUUGUGUUGCUCCUCUUCAACGACAGCCAAAAGCUCACAUGCAAGGAAAUCCAGCAAGCCACAGGCAUUGACAUGCCCACACUCAAGCGGACGCUGCAAUCGCUUGCGUGCGGGAAAAUCAGAGUCCUUGCCAAGAGCCCGAAGGGCAAGGAGGUCGAUGAGACGGACAAGUUUAUUGUCAACUACAAGUUCUCCAACGAGAGGCGACGCGUGAAAAUCAACCAAAUCCAGAUGAAACAGACGCAAGCGGAAACCGAUGCGACAUCCGAGAAAGUGUUCCAGGAUCGCGUGUUUGCGAUUGAUGCUGCGAUUGUGCGAGUGAUGAAAGCGAGAAAGACGCUGAAGCACAACUUUCUUCUCACGGAACUCUUCCAACAACUCAAGUUCCCUUGCAAGCCGGUGGAUAUCAAGAAGCGAGUUGAGACGCUGAUUGAGCGCGACUAUUUGGAGCGUGAUCCCAACGACCCGCAAACCUACAAAUAUCUGGCCUGACGAUUCAUGCACACACUCUCACACCGCCUCACUCAUGUGGCCUGUUGGUUUAUCUCGCUGCCAAAGACUUGUUUCGUCGAUCUUCGCUGCCUUCGAUGUCUCAUCCCCCCGCCUCAGACUUGGUUGCUCUGAGCUGCACGUCAGCGUUGUUGGUGCACCAUAUGCUGCUCAGUGUGGCUGCUUGCCAUGUGGUGUCAUGUCACAUGGUGAUGUUCCUCCAUUUAUCAGAUUAAACCAUCGCAAUGCAC